UUACAGUCUUACGGUGGGACAUUCAUCUCAAAGCUGUAAAACACGUAGUUACCUUUCUUGGUUAGAUCAAUUCUGUUCAUUGUUGAAAGAAAAUGAAUAUUGCAGUUACUGUGUUUAUGUUCUUACUGGCUGGGUCAUUCAAUGUCAUUUUGGGCUUAGAAAACGGAAGUGAUUUCAACAACACACAGACUCGUGGACUUGAUAGUAAAGUGAAAAGAGGUGAUCCAGUAAGAGGAUUUAAAAUUGAAUCUGGAUCUGUUUACUUACAUCCUUGGACCGGAGUUAAAGAAAAGAAGGUUUCAAUAGUAUUUAAGCAGCCAUUCUGUUCAACACCUUACAUUAUAUUGGAGCCCACUGUCUUAGAUAUUGACAAGAAUUUUAAUACUAGAUUAGUGAUCAAGGCUAUUGAUGUAACCCAGAACGGCUUCGUUUUACAGGUCUACACCUAUGCAGAUACCAUUCUGUAUGCCAUUGAGAUUUCAUGGCUAGCUAUUUAUUAACUUUUGCAGAGUUACAAUUUGAAGUCAAGGGAAAUAAUGCAAGUAGCUAUUUAACUUUAUUCGCUAAAUUUGUUUUUAAUUUUUAAUUCUGUCCCAUUGAAGAGUUUAAAUAUUUUUUUUCAUAAUUUAUUUGUACAACUUUAAAAUUUAGUUACAAACGAAGUAAGAGCCAGUUAUUAUUUUGUUUAAUGCAAACAUUAUACAAUUUAUUGCAAAAAAAAAUCAUGAACAAUAAAAUAUUUGCAGUCUAAG